GCGCCAUAUUGCGGGUUGAGCAGAGGGAGGGGGAAAUCUGCCGCUGCAAGACUGUCUUGCAAUUAUAUCAUCAAAGGCACAUCAGCUCUGGAAGGCGCAGGGAGAGCCGCAUUCAUACGGAGCCCAGGUCUCUUCUGUGGGAAAACACUUUACAGCUCCUCACACAGAGCCAGGAAAAGGACAGAAAAUGCCCAAAGCGGUCAAUGUUCGCGUCACCACCAUGGACGCUGAGCUGGAGUUUGCCGUCCAGCCCAGCACCACUGGCAAGCAGCUCUUUGACCAGGUGGUGAAAACCAUCGGCUUACGUGAGGUCUGGUACUUUGGGCUUCAGUACAUGGACGGCAAAGGUUAUCUUACCUGGCUAAAACUGGACAAAAAGGUUUCUUCUCAAGACGUGAAGAAGGAGAACCCACUGCAGUUCAAAUUUCGGGCCAAGUUCUUCCCCGAGGACGUGGCUGAGGAGCUGAUCCAGGAAAUCACCCAGAAGCUCUUUUUCCUGCAGGUGAAAGAGAGCAUCCUGAGCGACGAGGUCUACUGCCCACCAGAGACAGCCGUGCUGCUGGCCUCCUACUCCGUCCAGGCCAAGUUUGGAGACUUUACCAAAGACAUUCACCGGCCUGGGUACCUCACCUCUGAGCGGCUGCUGCCCCAGCGAGUCCUGGAGCAGCACAAGCUGUCCAGAGAACAGUGGGAGGAGAGGAUUCAGGUGUGGCACGAGGAGCACCGUGGGAUGCUUAAGGAGGACGCUAUGCUGGAAUACCUGAAGAUUGCCCAGGACCUUGAAAUGUAUGGAGUCAACUAUUUUGACAUCAAGAAUAAGAAAGGGACAGAGCUGUGGCUGGGAGUGGACGCCCUGGGCCUCAACAUCUAUGAGAAAGAGGACAAACUGACUCCAAAGAUUGGCUUCCCCUGGAGUGAGAUCAGAAACAUUUCCUUCAACGAUAAGAAGUUCAUCAUCAAACCCAUUGACAAAAAAGCCCCGGACUUUGUGUUCUAUGCCCCUCGACUGCGUAUAAACAAACGCAUCCUGCAGCUUUGCAUGGGCAACCAUGAGCUGUACAUGCGUCGCCGUAAGCCAGACACCAUUGAGGUGCAGCAGAUGAAGUCCCAGGCCAGAGAGGAGAAGCAACAGAGACAGAUGGAGAGGGCCCAGCUGGAGAAUGAGAAGAAGAAAAGGGAAGCCAUCGAGAAAGAGAAGGAGCAGAUGGAGCGAGAGAAGCAGGAGCUGAUGAUGAGGCUCUACCAGUUUGAGGAGAAGACGAAGAAGGCAGAGAAAGACCUGCAGGAUCAGAUCCAGAGAGCCGUCAUGCUGGAGCAGGAGCGGAGGAGGGCUGAAGAUGAGGCAGCCCGUCUGGAAUCAGAGCGCCAGGCUGCCCUUGUGGCCAAAGAGGAGCUGGCCCGCCAGGCUGAGGACCAGAUAAAGAACCAGGAGCAGCUGGCUGCAGAGCUUGCAGAGCACACAGCCAAGAUUUCCCUGCUGGAGGAGGCCAAGAGACGCAAGGAGGAGGAGGCCGAGACAUGGCAGCACAGGGCCAGGGAGGCCCAGGACGACCUGCUAAAGACCAAGGAGGAGCUGCACCUGGUGAUGACGGCGCCCCCGCCACCUCCGCCUCCCCCCAUGUACGACCACGUGGACGACAACAGCGACAGCGAGGAGAACACCAGCACACACAGCGCCGACUUGCAGAAUGAAGGCAUCAACGACCACCGCAACGAGGAGGAUCGUGUGACCGAGGCCGAGAAGAACGAGCGUGUCCAGAAACAGCUGAUGGCCCUGAGCAGCGAGCUGGCCCAGGCACGUGACGAAAGCAAGAAGACCCAGAAUGACGUGCUUCACUCGGAGAACGUGCGGGCUGGCCGAGAUAAGUACAGGACCCUGCGACAGAUCAGGCAGGGCAACACCAAGCAGAGGAUCGACGAGUUUGAGGCCUUAUAAGACGCCUCCGGGCCGGGCAGCUCUCAGCCACUUACCCUUUCUGAAUGGUCACCACCUCUCACUACUAACCCCUCGACUAACACACACAAACACUUGGUGUUACAAAGCACAGCACACACACAACACAUCACAGUGCAUACAUAACACGUAUCCUUUUCAGAUUUAUACCAAACUGGAGCAGUAUCAGCACGGUGACAGGUGUGCAUCACCACUUACAAAGAGGCAAACUCCUGUUACAAGUUUGUCCGGCAGUAUGCAGGGCUUAGCAAAUCCUUUAACAAAAAACUUAGUGCCAAAACCUUCUUUCUUAGUGUUUCAAAUCUUAUUUGUGUAUUUGAUUGUGUGUAAUUUGAUCGGUUCAGACCAAAUCAUUGUUUAUAACCAGAGGUGUGAUAAGUAGUGGGAAAGCCAAAUUUUAUCCUUAUUAUAAUUAUUAUUAUUAUUAUUAUUCCACAAUGUGCACAUAGCAGAUGUAAUCGAAAGCCUCGCUUCUUUUUGAUGUCUAUCAUUUGUUGUGAAAGGUGAAAAAGGACAAUGUUUGUGUUGUUUCGCAGGGACCACUCAGAAAGGGGAAACAGUAUAAGCAUAAAAUUGUAUUUUGUUUGUUUUUGUUUUCCAUUAUAUUUGAACACUUCCAUUUAUGUUUAAUAUUGCUAUACAGUAGCUUAAAAUCAUGCUUAGUUUGAUAUUUAUACUGUAUAUGGGACAUUAAAAAGGGUAUUUCAUCUUGGUUUGUAUAUUUUUGCUAUUUUGCUAUCUACUAAUGAUAAUGAGAACAUUUAAUAUGUUUCAAAGGUUCUAUAUAUUGACCACAAUAAUAGCAGUCUUAUGUUCCAUAAGUUUUCCUUUAGAUCACUAAAUUAAAGAGAUUUAAUUGUAAAUUAUUAUUUUUUACUUUAGGAAAUAUCCAGCUGCAUGCCACCAAAAUCGGUUAAGGAGAUCUCUAGCUAGGUACUUUUGAUUUUUUUGCCGUGCAGUUCACAGAAUGCUGAGGAAUGUUUUUAUCUUCACAAUUUCAGAGCACUGUGUUGACGGGGACACGUAGGUUACUGUGUUUUAUUUCUGUCUAUGUUCCUUAUCAUGUCGCUGUCAAGCGAGAGUCGAGUAUGUGUUGUGAGGUUUUUAUCCUCCCAAGUGGCCUUCUUUUCCUUGGUGUCCCUCUGCAGUUUCUGGACGUUCCAGUCCAGACACUCGGUCUUAACUUUCUGGCCAAGAUGCAAAGUCAAAAAAUGCUCUGUUUUGAAAAAUCAUUCACAAUUUUGAUUGUGUUUUUUUUCAUUUAAGUUAAGUGUUAUGCUGAUACUUAAAGUGAGGAUUGAGGUGAAAAUUCUGAAGACUUGGUUUUGCAGCCUGGCCACCAGUGACCAAUCCAGGCAGUGUAACACCAGCACAUCUCACUCUCCUCUCUCUGGACGUGGACUAGAGUAGCAUUUUACUGACACUGUAAUGGAGACACACAGCUCUGCUGGCCUUUGUAUUUGAACAGGAUUUUAUAAUGAGGUGUUCAACAUAUUGGCAAUAAAAAUCUCCUAUGAUUACAGAC